AUGGAGGCUCCAGCAUGGGCAGAGCACCCUUCUCUGAGAAGAUCCUCGACUGAACCGAAUGGCUACAGCAAUGUGAAUAGCUCGGCUCCCCCCCUUUCAGCAACCGAAGCGGAUCGUAUUUUCCCGCACAGGAAGAUGGCAAUACCUCGACUGACCGACGGUAUGGAGUCGGCGUUUACCUCUCCAGGCCGGUUCCACCGUCGCCACUCGGGCUGCCGCAACUGCCGCGAAGCGGGUAUCAUUUGCUGCUAUACAGACGGUAAACGCGAGAAAUCCAAGAGACAACUGGCCGGCUUGGAGGCGAAGAUACAAGUCUACGACAAUAUUAUGAAGAAGUUGAGCAUUCGAUUUGGUAUGCCAGAGGACCAACUGAUGGCCUUUGCCUUAGCUGCGGAAGGGACUGCCAGUCAGGACUCACAACUUGAUAUGUGCACCCCUGAUUCCAAAGCCAGGACGCCCUCGAGUGCCUCCCAUUCUGAGUUGGCGUUAUUUGCCAACUCAUAUAACAACUCUGAUUACGUUGAGGAAGAUUUCAACAAAGACGAAAUCUCUCAGGCCACGGGUUUUAUCGGCCAAAGCUCAGAGAUAAGCUGGCUACAAACGCUAAGCAGAGAACUCGACUGCAAAUCAGAGCCCACCCCGCCAAGUGAGGUUAGGCUGCAGUUGCCCGAGAUUGAUAGAGGCUUGAUAUCCGCCCUGAAUUACUAUCUGGACGAUCAAGAAAUGUCCUGUCCCAACCAGCUUGAUGUUUUCAGUCUCCCGCCGAAAGACGUUGCUGCUAAGCUCUACAAGACUUACCUGGAGUGGGUGCAUCCCUCUUUUCCAAUCCUCGGUACCACGCCUUUUGGGUCACAGUUCCAGGCGUUUUUCAGCAACCCAUCGCUGCGGCCGGGUAACAAAUGGCUGGCGAUCCUCAACUUGGUGUUUGCGCUUGCUGCGAAGUACACGUAUAUCUCGGAGGCAGAUAUGAAACUCGACAGAAACGAUCAUUUUGCAUACUUCUCAAAGGCUAGAGUCUUAAGUAUGGACGACCGACUCUUUCAUCACACGGACCUGCAGCAGCUACAAGUUGAAGGAUUAGCUUCCCUUUACAUGUUAGCAUCUGGUCACGUAAAUCGGGCUUGGAAACUCUGUGGCAGUGCUAUUCGAGGGGCCUUGGGCCUUGGGCUGCAUCUGCGAAACAUGGGAGAGUUUGCGUCUGACGCAUCCAGGGAGAUCAGAUAUCGUGUCUGGUGGUCCCUGUACAUGAUUGAUCACCGGCUCACCAUGAUAACUGGACGGCCUUCCUGCAUAGAUGAUAACGUUUGCACGACACCUCUGCCAGUUCCGUUUGAUGAGUGUGAUUUCGGAACAGAUGAAGCGAUUCUCCAACUCCAGCACUCCCCCGGAUCAAGCCCCAGCCGGCUGGAGAAAGAUGCUAGCUUAGCUUCUGAUCUCCAUGCCAGAACUCCGACUGCUGCCCCAAAAGCCACGGAUACAAUGGCUUUCCCUUCAUGCGGAUCACUAUAUUUUCUUCAUCUGAUUAGGCUUACGCUCAUUGCCAAGAAGAUGACUACUAAGCUCUACAGCCCUACAUCGACGCCUUCCCCUUGGCUCAGCAUAGAGUUCGCAAUACACGGCCUCGUGACCGACAUUGAACGCUGGCACUUGGGGCUUCCUAAGGAUUACGACUUCACUUCUACGCAGUCGUCACAAGUCACCCAAAUCACAAGUCAUCAGCGGAUGAACCUUGCUCUCCUGUUCUACAGCACAAAAAUGAGUAUCACCCGUCCAUGUCUCCGCCAGCUAAGCACCAUCAAGCACGAUGAGAAGAUGCAUAACUAUUGCAAGAAAACAGCGGCUGACUGCGUGGAGGCGGCCUGCCAUAUGCUCAGGUUAUUUCCGGAGGAUUUGGCUGCAGCAACACUGUACAAAUACUCGCCGUGGUGGUGUAUAUUGCACUUUCUCAUGCAGGCAACGACCGUUCUCCUACUCGAGCUCGCCUUCAAUAUGGAGCACGCGCCGGAGAAAGCGUCCAUGAUCUACAAGGCGGCUGAAAAGUCACAAAAGUGGCUUCGUAUACUGGCCAAAUCCAACAUGGCAUCGGAGAAAGCUCGCCAUCUGUGCGACAUGUUGAAGCAUCGAAUCGAAAACCGUGCAAACAUGGGUAUGCAUAACAUCUCACACAUGGGUGCCACCCCUCAGAACUCACCAGAAGACGACGCCCACGUUCUCGCUGCAACUGGGGUAGUGGUAAAGCCACCUUCGCCUGACACUCCGCCCUCUAGAAUGUACAGCGAUAUGCUUCCCCUGCUGGACUCCACGGGCAUUAUCCAUGGUCCCCCACCCACAUAUCACCCGCAAAGUCCAGGCAGUUUCAGCUCUAUGGAAACAGACCCGGAGUCUGGUGUUCCCGGUGGUUAUGACAGCGGCCUUCCUUAUGAUCCGAGCACGGGGCAGAUCACGACGUCAUUUUUCCCCGGACUCGACCUGGACCUGGGUGACUUCCCGGGGGAGUUUUAG